AGUCCUAACCCUAGUACACCUCAGAAUGUAACUGUAUUUGGAGAUAGGGACAUCACAGAGGUAACUAAGGUUAAAUGAAGUCAUAAAGGUGGAGCCCUAAUCCCUUACGACCAUUGUCCCUAUGGGAGGAAGAGACACCAAGGAGGGGAGUGUACAGAGGAAAGGCCAUGUGAGGACACAGCAAGACAGCCAUCUACAAGCCAAGGAGCGCAGCCUCAGGAGAACCUUGCAGACAUCUUGCCCUGGACUUGUAGUUUCCAGACUGGUAUCAGCAUGGAAGCCAUGAGUGAGAAUAAAAUGGUGCCCUCUGAUUAUAGUACAGGACCUAUGGAAAAAGCUGCCAAGCCAUUGCCAUUUAAGGAUCCAAACUUUGUGCACUCUGGCCACGGCGGCGCGGUAGCUGGCAAGAAGAACAGAACCUGGAAGAACCUGAAACAGAUCCUCGCUUCGGAAAGGGCAUUGCCGUGGCAACUGAACGACCCUAACUACUUCAGUAUUGAUGCUCCUCCAUCCUUCAAACCAGCUAAGAAGUAUUCUGAUGUUUCAGGUCUUCUUGCCAACUACACUGACCCCCAGAGCAAGCUGCGGUUCAGCACCAUUGAAGAGUUUUCCUAUAUCCGGAGGCUGCCAUCUGAUGUCGUCACUGGCUACCUGGCCCUGAGGAAGGCCACGAGCAUCGUUCCCUGAGCCUUGAGAAAUGGAGAUGAUGUGGAAAGCUGUUUCAAAGGCAAACUCUGGACUCAUGAUUUUGUUUCAUGGAAACAAACUCAUUGUGCUUGUCAAUCUGGAAAUGUCAGUGCUGUGCCUUGGAAAGAAUGUUUGGCUUUAAUUUAAGGUUUUUUUUUUUUUUUGGUUUUUUUUUUUUUUUUUUUUUUUUUUGGUUUUCUGUUUUCCCUCCAAGUGGGAUGUUUCCUGUUGAAUUAAAUUAUACUUCAGUUGUUGCCUCGAGUCAACUUGUUUGACGAGAAAAUAUAAAAUUGUGCUUUUAACUUAA